CUGAGUCUUGUUUGCAGACUCAGUAGCCCAACCCGCUGCUUAGCAGCUAUCCUUACCCGGCCCUUGUAUGCUAAGACAGAAAACCAAACAAACAAACAAAAAAGUACAGUAGACAGUUCCUCCCAAGGAGAUGUCGAUUCCAUUUUCCAACACCCACUACCGAAUUCCACAAGGAUUUGGAAAUCUUCUUGAAGGGCUCACACGGGAGAUUCUGAGGGAGCAACCGGACAAUAUACCAGCUUUUGCCGCAGCAUAUUUUGAGAAUCUUCUAGAGAAAAGAGAAAAAACCAGCUUUGAUCCGGCAGAAUGGGGGGCUAAGGUUGAUGACCGCUUCUAUAACAACCACGCGUUCAAGGAGCAAGAAUCACCUGAAAAACAUGAACCUGGAAAAGAAAAUUCUCAGACAUCUAUGAAAGAGAAGACAACCUUAGAAUCUCCUUCAGACAAGGACAUGGAAGAGAAUGCUGCUCUCAAAAUCCAGGCAGCCUUCCGGGGACACUUAGCCAGAGAGGAGGUAAAGAAAAUGAAAUCGAGUGAUCUUGAAGAAGAGAAAACAGAGGAAAACGNGUACACGCAGACACACACGAAUACACAGACACAUCUAGGGAUGGCUGGUAUCAUGAGUCUGAGAAGUUUGUGCAGUAGUCGUGUCCAACCACGGGAUACAGUGUCGAAACUAGUGGCUGUCCCUGGGGUACCCAAGACAGGAUUCUCUUUCGAUGAGGAUAUUACUGAUGAGAAAUGUUUAAAGGCCUGA